AUGAGUCCUGCAAAGUUUAAUGGAGAUCUUCAUCAUGAGGAUUCAAGGAAGGGGGAGAUCAAUGAUCCACGUUCGUCUCCGUUGAAGAUCAACAAUGGUUCCCAUUUAAUUCACAAGAGUACAUCGUCAACGAUGUCUUCAAUGUCAAUUGGCUCUUCCGUCUCUGGCGUUGCUUCGGCCGCCAGGCAGCAAGAGCAGCAGCCGGUUAUUAUAUACACUCAUUCUCCGAAGAUCAUCCACACGCAAGCUCGGGAUUUCAUGGCUUUGGUUCAGAAGCUCACCGGUGUUUCAUCGUCGCAGUCCGGAGACAAUAUUAAUGCAAACAGGACUACAUCGGCGUUGCUUGAUAUGGAAGGAAAUGAAUGUAACUUGAUGCCUGUUAGAGGCCAUGGUGAUAAUGAAUCAACUAAUUCGGUCCAUGCCAAUGAGAAUUUCGGUGGUGCAUGGUCAAACUCAUCCUCCAUUAAUGAUAUGUCACCAAUUCAGAACCCAACCAAUCAAUAUUCUGCUAAUAUGCCUUUGUUCACUACGAAUACGACCAGUUUCGUCUGCUCUCCUCGGCCUGUUUUUAGAGAACCUGAUUCGGCGUACGUUUUGCCAAACAUGGGUAACUCAAUGUCACCUUCUGUUAUCGAGUUUAUGAAGGGGCUGUCAGAAUAUUGA